AACUUGGCUAGUCUUCCAAUACCUGCAUUUGGAAUGUCGAAAUCACAUUCCAAAGUGAUAGUGAAGUUACAUAAACAAACAAAGGCAUCCAUUGAAUCUCACAAACAACUGCCUCUUCCUUUUCAUACCUCUACAAUAGAAAACCAGGGCUCACCAAUUCUAGAAAGAGAUUCUGGCAUCCCAUGUGGGAAGGACAUCGAUUUAAUGGGUCAAUAUCAUUGGCCAAACUCGAAAAGCAAUGGGUCUCUUGGAGAUCAUCUACGGGAAAGAACUGUAAAGGAAGGAAGAGUUGAGAGCACCUCACAUAGAAGUGACUACGACGAAGAAUGCAACAUUGAGGAUCUUUCAACAACUACCAAGGGAAAAUUAAAUAAGCUGAUAAAUGAGGAAGAUGUACUUGAGCAGAAUGGAGUCAUUGCUCAGCAAUAUUCCAAUGGAAAUCCAAAUCUGAGUCUGCAGUCUUAUACAAUAUACAAUGUUGAGGCUGCUUUGAACCGGGACAGGAGUUGCAAAAACUCAGCAGGAGAGGGAGCAAUAUGUGCUAUGAACCAGGAGGAUCUGAAAAGAGAACGGAGGAAGCUGUCAAAUAGGGAGUCAGCUAAGAGGUCAAGAUUACGUAGAAUGCAACAACGAGAAAGAUUAGAAGCUGAAAUAGAGGAGAAGAAAGACGAACAUUACAGGUUGACGAAGCAACUUCGUCAUAAAUCCAUGGAAUGUUGCAAAGUUUGCAACGAAAACCAAUUGCUAGAGGAGGAGCUGGUUCGGCUGUAUGGUCCAGCCGCACUCGAUGGAAUUGUUAAUCCUGAGAACGGGCCAUAUCCCAACUGCAGUGCAGAAAUGGUUACAGGCAAAGAAAACACUUCUGAGUCCUGAAUGAACUUUGGAGGCGCAUCAUUCUCCGUUGUUCAGCAGUUGCUGGUAGCCAAACAAUAACAUAAAAGGAAGCCCUUUGGAUAGAAACGUUCAUAUAUUAGUUCUACUGUGUGUAGUUUCCUGCUGUUAAAUACCUCUAAAUAUCAGGCUCUAUGUUGAUUUUAAAUUGUUAAGUAAUAUAUGUCAAAUAUCAGC